AUGGAUACAGCUAAUUCCGAAAAACAACAAGAAUCUGCCCCAUUAACUAGUUCUACUACUACUAUCUCAACAAAUUAUGUCCCAGAAUCGGAUCCAAAAGAUGAUCCUCCUCCAAAAAAUAACAGAACUCCAAUAACAACAACUACAACAACUACAACAACAACAACACAUACUUUUAUCAUUAUUAAAGUAUUGCCUCGAGCAUCUGCAGCAAUGGCAAUGCCAUAUUUAGCUUGGAAUCUUGUCGCAAUGUGUUGUGGCAUUAUUAUCACCAUGAUUAUUUGA